CGGCAAGGGAGGAACAGUAACGACGGAGUUGGAUAGCGUUGCAUAUAUAAGUAAAGAUGAGCCGAAGACCUAGCAGCAGAUAUUCGGAGAUGCCACUGCGUGUGACUGACAGCAGAAUGAGUUUGGUGAAUGCCACACCACAAAGCAAAGAUAAUGUCUUUGGCAAGUUGAACAUCCCAAAACCUCAAUCUAGUACUUCAGAAAGAAGGACCAGCUUUUUUGGAAAAAGUGCUGGUGGCCAGAGAAACAGCAUGUUUGGGUCCUAUGGAGGCCCAGAGAAGAUGAAGGACCCCAGACCACUUCAUGACAAAGCCUUUGUCCAGCAGUGUAUCAAGCAGCUUUGUGAGUUCCUUGGCGAUCAUGGUUUCCCUGGAACCAUCUCAGUAAAAGCCCUCCAGUCACCUUCUACUAAAGAGUUCCUGAAGAUUUUUGAGUUUAUCUACAGUUUGCUGGACCCUACUUUUCAGAUGCCUACUUCCAAAGUUGAAGAGGAGAUCCCUAGGAUGUUAAGAGAUUUAGGGUACCUAUUUCCACUGUCUAAAAGCUCCAUGUACUCCAUUGGGGCUCCACAUACCUGGCCUCAGGCUCUGGGAGCACUCCUCUGGCUUAUUGAUGCAGUUAAGAUCUUUAACAGUUUGAGAGGACAGGAUCUGCUGUUUGCAGACUUUUCAGAUGACUUCUCUGAGCUGGAGGAGGGAGUGGAGUACAAUAAGCUCUUUCUAGACUACUGUUCAAAGACCUACAACAAGUUCAUGCAGGGAGCUGACACCUUUGAGGACGAAGAUACAGAAUACCUUAGCCAUCUGAAGAGGCUGUACAAUGUGGAUGAAGCUCUACUGGAGUCUCAAAAGGAAAAACACAGAGUGCUGAUAGAUGAAUUGGAGAGAAUGGAAAAAGAAAGCCAUACUGAUCGCUUAAUGGGACAGAGAACUGAGAAGCUAAAGUUGCAGACUGACCUGCAAAAGCUCCAGAGCUACCGUACUCACAUGGAGUCAUUUAAAAGCCACCUGGAGAAAAAGUGUGCAGGCUUGUCUGAGGAACUGGAGGCUACUGACCUACAAUUGGAGGGUCUGAAACAGGAACAGGCCAGACUACAGCAUAUUCUGGUGAAUCAGAAAUUCACUCCUGCUGACAUUGAGCGCAUCAACAGGGAGAGGAAUGAACUACAGCAGACCGUCAGCAGUCUGAGCCGCAGUCUGGAAGAGGCUCAGCAGCUUGUAUGGAAUGAGGAGAUAGACAUGUUGAAAACCAUACAGAGGGCUGAGGUGAGGUUAACAGAGUAUCACAAGCUGGCACGCAUGCUAAAACUCAUCCCGCAGUCAGCUGAGAAUGCCUGUGGUCAUGACUUUGAGAUCAGGACAGUGAGUGACUAUGGCCCGACCACUGCCACUCAGAUCAGAGCACAGAUUCAGAAUCCUCUCAAAAACAUGCUCUUGGAUGUAGAGGAGGAGUUCAGCAGUCUGGCCAAUAUGAAGCUAAGCCUGGAGGAAACAGUAGAGCAGGUAAAGUCUAACAUUUCAGAGAAGGUAAACGACAUAAAACAGCUGAAGGAGCAGAUUCGCAGGUUGGACCUGCAGUUGGAACAUGACAUGCAGGAGAUUGCUCAUGAAGAGGAAAAGUGGGCAGCAGACGUGGAUGCUGCUGAAAGCCACAAGAAGCUCCUAGAAAAGAAAGUCAUGGACGGUUAUGAGGAAGCUGAAGAGCAACUAAAAGCAACCCAGCAACAGUACCACCUUGUUCUUCAGGAAACAAAAGAAGAGAGUCGGAUGGUAGCAAACAAUUUGACACACAUCUACAGUGCGGCAGCCAACCACUUGGUUAUAGUUGAGAAACUUUGCAACGACCAAGUUAAAAAGAUGGACAAGAUGAGUGAAAUUAUCAAUGAAGACCAAACAGUUCUCCAACAACUGAAAGAAAUGAUAGAAAAUUUUGUUGCUAGAGCAAACAACAUUUAAUUCCUUAAACCUUUAUUGACCUAAUUAAAACCACAAUUUUUGUAAAUAGUUUUGUACUUCAUUACUAAUGUUAGGAUCCCCCUUCCCUUAUCAGCCUUAGUUAUUAAAAAAGCAUUGUACUUGUACAUUAUAUAAUGUGCCCUUUUGUUCAAUAAGAUUAAAAAGCUUUGGGGGGUUUUUUCUUGUUAUUUUAGAAAAUAAAAUGAAAAGCUUUGUUCACCUUUAUUUGAAAUACAUUCAUUCAAACCCAAUAUGCUAAUUCUGACAAUUAUGGAUCUA